AUGGAUGAAGCCUAUUUGAUUAUACGUAAUACGAAUUAUUCUGAAAAUAUUUCAGUUCUAUUAAAUGUGGUUGCAUGUGAAAACUGUGAUUUUGAAAAUAUAGCUAAUGUAGCUCCAGGCUUGAAUAUGACUCGAAUAAUUUCAACAACAUUUCCAUAUAAUGUGCUAAUCCAAGCAAAUCUAUCGAAAAAAAUAUUUCAAUGUCCAAUAACAUGGUACAACUUUGACGAACAUGGUACAUAUAUAUUAGAAGUAAUAGAAACUGAUCAAUUAAAUGGAGAUGCUUGUUCCAUUACACAAAUUGGAGAGGCAAGCUAUUAUUGGAUGCCUGCCAUUGUUGGAAUUGCAUUUUUCAUUGUCGUAAUUGUAUGCAUUCAAUUAUGGCAAUAUAAAUAUCUCAGUCAAUAUUUUAAUCAUGUUUUCUCGAAUAUAGAUCAUCAACAUUUGAUUAAGAAUAAUCUUGAGAAUACAUCACCAUCGAUGAGUUCAUUGAAUUCUCAAAAGAAUUCUGAAGUAGAUAGCUAUACAGCACGUAUCACUAUCAAUGUCAGUGAAUCACCACCAUUGGUCGAAUCGUCUCGUCCUUCAAGCAGUUCUAAUCUUACGAAGAAAAUGUUACCAAAACGUCUUCAAUCGUUGGAUACUUUUCGAGGAUAUUCUUUGAUGAUGAUGAUUUUUGUCAAUUAUGGUGGUGGAGGCUAUUGGUUCUUUGCACAUUCAAUUUGGCAUGGAUUGACAAUGGCCGAUGUUAUGUUUCCAUGGUUUGCAUGGAUGAUAGGCGUAUCGAUUGUUCUUUCGCAACGAUCACUUCGCAGUAAAGCCAUUCGAAAGCGAAAUAUUUUUUUCAAGAUAUGUCGACGAACAAUAAUUCUUUUUCUUUUGGGUAUGGCUACACAAGGUGGAAGUGGACAUUUGAUAGAUCUUCGUAUAUUUGCUACCCUUCAAAGAUUGGCAUCAUGCUAUUUUUUUACUGCCAUUAUUGUACUCUGGUUGGAUGGUGAAGAUAAUCAGUCAAACACAUCAAUUGGUAAUGAUGGCUAUCAGCCCAUCCACGUUGAACUAUGGAAUACUAUUUGGAAAUUUUGGUUUCAAUGGUUGAUCGUCGUGCUGACUACUAUUGCUUGGGUUCUCAUAAUUUUUUUCGUUGAAGUGCCUGGUUGUCCUAAAGGUUAUAUGGGACCUGGCGGAAAACAUGAUCAUGGAAAAUAUGGGAACUGCACUGGAGGCGCUGCUGGAUAUGUCGAUCGAAUCAUUUUAUCGGGUUCUCACAUGUAUAACGAUCCAACAUGCAAAGAUGUCUACCACACUCAAGUACCCUUCGAUCCUGAAGGUCAACAUUGA